UUUGCGGAACUCCUUCCUGACACAAAUUGCUGUCGAGGCUGCGGCGCUUAUACUUUCAGACUUACUAUGUCGAAUAAACGAAAGCGGCAGGAAGAUUUCCAGAAAGUGAAGCUAAAAGUUGGAAAGAAAAAACCCAGAGCAGACAAUGCUACCGAAGUCAACUUUCGUUCUAAGUCUGUUCAUCUGAGUGAACAGUUAAAAGGCGACACCUCGCUGCCCACUACGAAAAGAAAGCUCAACAUCACAGAUCUUCUAUCCCAGAUUCACCAUUACAAUACUGGCGUUAAACAUAGUGCUCUGGUAGGCCUGCAAGAACUCCUGUCUGCUCACCCAUCAGUGAUCGAUACACAUAUUUCUAGCAUAAUAGCAGAAGUGGCUGCGGUUUUUACAGAUAAAGAGCCAACUGUAAGAAUAGCUGCUGUUUCUCUCCUGAAAUGCUUGGCUCCCUUGAUUCCGCAGGAAAAAGUUGCACCUUUUUUCCCGCUUGUAAGUGCUCACCUCUCCAGCGCUAUGACUCAUAUCAUAGUUGAUAUUCAGGAAGACUCGUUGAAGAUAUUGGAUAUCCUUUUGGAACAAUAUCCUGACCUACUAAUUGAUCGUAGCAGCAUGCUCUUAAACAAUUUCUUGGAACUUAUUUCUCACCAAAACAACUCAAAAGAAAAAGGUGGAGAAAAACCAUCUGCCUGGACCUUGUCUAUAAAUCCUAACAGAAAAAUUACUUCUCAAAAGUGGAGGUUAAGUGUUCUGAAUAGAUUAAAGAAGUUCCUUCAAGCACUGGUGAGACAAGCUAUGGAAAAGUUUCCAGACACAGAAAACUUGGAAAAUGUUUUUUCCUCUAGAAAAUGCCUAGAUGUUGUUUGGACUGAACAUACACGUAGCAGACAACCUAUUAAAUUAUAUGAAAGUGGUGAACAGCAACAAUCAUCUUUCCGAUUAAGGACUCUGAUAGGAAUAACGGGCAACUCAGAUGAAGGUUUGUCUUCAGCAACUAACCUUAAGGUAUUCAUUCAGGCAAUAGUCCCACUGUUGAUUGAAUGCUGGGUUGAAGAAUUUCCUGAAGCUGAAUAUGGAAACCCUCUUAAUCCUGUAUCACAUAAUCUACUACAGCAGGUGCUAAGCAUUGUUUCUCUGCUAUGGAAGCUUAGCGAGCAUCAAGAUGAAUCUCACAAAAUGGAUGGAUGGCUUAGAAAAAGUUAUCUUAAAGAUUUCAAGCAUCAUUUCAUGAAAUAUUUUCCUUACUCCUUUUCUGAGGCAAUGAAACAGAAGAAGAAAACAAAGAGAGGCAAAGACUUCUCACUUACAAGCAACGGUCUCGAUAGUCUGUUGUUGAAUUUAACAUUAUGUGACAUAAUGGUGUCCUUGGCUAGUCCUGCAACUCUGGACGAAGACUCGGGAUGGCUUGCCACAAUUCGAACAUUUGUAACAGACAAACUGAUGCAUGGAUAUAAGCUAAAUGCUAAGCAAUUAAAAAGAUUACUUGAUGUAACAAGCAGACUUUUAAAUAUUCAAAGGAACAGAGCAGCUACAGAAAAACUGAUCUAUGCAGUUUACAUGAUGUAUCAGCAGAAGGAUUUGCUCUUUUCAGUGCGUGCAAUGCUUCUAAAUUUUUUUAGUAAACUUUAUUUAAAAGAAGAAGAAAUUUGUCUCAACUUGGGGAGAAGCAGAAGCAAGGUUUUAUGUCGUUGGCUUGCCAAUCUUCCACUGCAACUUGCUCAGCUUGGCUCCCGAAAUGCUCAUCUUUCCUCAGUAAUGAUUAAUACAAUAUAUACUGCUGCAGCCCGCGCAAACAAAGGAAUACUACAGAGCCUACAACUCACAGCUUGCCAGAUCUAUGAUCCACAGGAUGGUGCAUUUGUGCUUCUUCCAGUAGAGUUGCAACAAAUUUUGGUACAACUGUUGUACUUCUUGCCGUUCGUAUCUUCAGAUUUACUAGUUUGUUUAAAUCGUUGCUGCGUUACUGAAAAACUUCCAUAUAAUCUCUCAUCUAUGCUUAUUGGGAUAUUACAUGCAAGGUCCCCUUUUGCUCAUUGGACACAAGUCACGCAAGAAAGCUCAAUGAAUGAUACAGACUAUUUCAGUUUUUUGUUCUCAACAUUAAUAGGUUUUUCAGGAGAGAAAUUGGCAUGGAUUCAAAACAGCAAAGUAUGUAAUCGUCUUAGCAGGACACGCGUUUCACGUAUAUGUCUUUAUUUGACUGACCAGUCGCAAUUCGUUCAUCAUUGGGCUGUUACAAAGGCAAUAUGUCAUAGUUUGGCGUCGGUAAGAGCAAGGCGGCAGUGUUUUGAUAUCCUCCAGAAUGCUAUCAAUAAACAUCUGGGGGGAUUGGUAGUAAUACCUGACAGCACUGUUGGAUCUAUACUGUGUGCCAUAAAUACUUUGCAUGAGCAGUGCUGCAUUCCUAAUGAAAAUCUGAACAAAUUCUUAGCUUCCUGUUGCUACAGCAUUUUCAACUUCCUGCUCACAAAGGAAAAAGAUGCUGAGCACAUGCAGAAAAGAGAUGCUUUAUGGGGAGCAUGUAUUACUUUACUAUCUAUGCUUCCGAAUGUGCUGAAACUGAUGUUACAGAGUCUUCAAGUAAGCAGGGCUUGUCAAGAAGAGCUGCCAGUUAUUGCUCAGUUGCUGCGACUCCUACUGCAAAAUGCACAGCUGAGGAGUUAUAUGAUGGCCAAUGCUUUCCUUGUGCAACAAACUCUUCAAGAUGUUAUGAAUCUAAAGAGUUGUGAAAUUCAAGAGCAAUGGCUGACAGAUCUUCAGUAUUGCUUUAAUGUGUACCUUUCAAAGCAUCCUCCGGAGUCAUCUGCAUUUGGAAUUGCAUACUGAAAGUGGGCUUUAAUAAAACGACAUGAAAGACUGGCACAGUGUUUAAUUAUGUAAAGCAAAUCACAUUGCUUAUCAACUUGUAACAAAAGGAUGCAAAGUAUUUUAUUUAUUUGGUGAUGGUUGUGUUGAUUGCUUUUAUAAUGGUUUGAGUGCAACAUCCUACAUUUUCUAUAAUAAAUCUCACCGAAUAAACAAUAUGCUGACAUUAACACUAUAAAUACCAUUUAUCAGUGCAGUGGUUAGAACUGCUAUAGACCAUGAAACUACAUGUAUUAAUAUUUCACAUUGUGUUAAGAUUAAGACAUUAACAAAAUACAGAUUUCAGAAAAAUCUCCUGUCACUAUCAUUUAAAAUGUCAAACUUUAUAGGUACAGAAUUAUCUUAAUGUCACUGUAGAUAUGAUCCUGAUUUGUUCCCCCCCCCCUUCGUUUAAUAAUUGGAAAGCAGUGUUUUAUCUAAUAGAAUAGUGUUUGUUUUAUAACUUUGUUUUUAAGGUGGUAUUUUUUUUAAAUGGUGAUAAACCAAUUAAAGUUUAGUUGUUUGGGAAAUAUGCCACAAUACAAUACAUUAACCAUAUGAGAAUAGGUCCUACAUAUUUUGUACUAAAGCAAAAAUAAAAAACAA